AUGGUGCAUUUUACAGCUGAGGAGAAGACUGCCAUCACAAGUCUGUGGGGCAAGGUGAAUGUGGAAGAAGCUGGAGGAGAAGCCUUGGGAAGGCUCCUGGUUGUCUAUCCCUGGACCCAGAGGUUUUUUGACUCCUUUGGCAACCUGUCCUCUGCCUCUGCCAUCAUGGGCAACCCCAAGGUCAAGGCUCAUGGCAAGAAAGUCCUGACCUCCUUUGGAGAUGCUGUUAAGAACAUAGACAACCUCAAGACUGCUUUCGCUAAGCUGAGUGAGCUGCACUGUGACAAGUUGCAUGUGGAUCCUGAGAACUUCCGGCUCCUGGGCAACGUGCUGGUGAUUAUUCUGGCUACUCAUUUUGGCAAGGAAUUCACCCCUGAUGUGCAGGCUGCUUGGCAGAAACUGGUGGCUGGUGUUGCCAAUGCUCUGUCUCACAAGUACCACUGA